AUGAAAAACGCGACAAAAAAAAAUACAAAAGAAGAAAUAAAUAAAAAAUUAUUGAAAUUAUAUUCGGAUUCAUUAGAUUCGGAUCGAUACGUAUUGGAUUUUGAUAAAAAAUAUGAUUUUUUUACCAACGAUGAAACUCUCAUAUUAAAAUUUUCAUCUAAUUGGUUUUCGCCGGAAAAAUAUAGUUUUUACCUGACAUCUUCGAAUUCUAUAAAAACCUUGUCGAAAAAUGGUAGCGACCACGAAGAUGAUACGAAAACCAAAUAUGAAUCUUUACCCGUUAUCGAUAAAUCUCUCGCAACAAACAAUUGUUUGUCCAGAGACCUUGAAAUACUCGGAAGGACACCUUAUCAAAUAGGAGUCGAAGGAGAAAAGUUUAGAGUUGUUGCUGCCACUCUACAAAAAUGUAAUUCUCCCUUCGUUCAAAGAACUUUUCAUUUUACUGCCAACGGGAUAGUCGAAGCAUUAAAUAAAAAAUCAUCCGACGCUGGAGAAUCGGGUACCAUCAUACCCAUUUUGAAAAGAUCCGUCAACAGGAGCACGACUCAUCAAAAAGUUUUAAGAAUCAGAAGAUUUCGGGUAAUUAAAAAAGAAGAUUUAAUUUUAGACAAAUGCACAUUGCCUAAAAAAAUCAAAAUUGCCAAUGGUGAAAAAACUACAAGAUUUCUAACCGUGAGAAUCCGUUCGAAAAAUUUAAAUUCAGAAAAUGGUUUCCCGUUGGUUCAAUCUGAGGGUUCGACAUCUCUCGGACGAGAAGAAACAGUCGAAACGGUAUCGAGCACCACGACCACGACAACGAUCACGACAGAAAAUAUUAACGAAUCCGAACAAAGAGAAAAUGAUAAAAAAACCGUUACGGAUUCAGAUUUGAAAAACGAUGAUGCGGAUGCUGCAACAACGGAAGAAAAUUGUAAAGAAAAAACAGAGGAUGCGAUCCCGAUUAAAUUAGAGGAAAUUGAACGGGAAACUGCGGUCAAAGAAACGUUCACAUGUGAAAACUGUGGAAAACAAUUUUCUACGUAUUUGCAUUGUUUAACGCACAUACGAUCUCAUCAAAAACAAUCCUGUCAAUUUUGUUCGAAACGUUUUCUCACGGCUAAAAUACUAAGAGAUCAUAUAAAAAUACAGCAUCCGGAAGAAUCGACUCGUUGUAACGUACCAGAAGAUCGAAUAACAACGGCAACGUCUAAAUUUGGGAGAACACGACAAGUUUUAAACAUAGCCGGAUUGAGAAGUAAAUACAGAAUGUUGUAA